AUGACUAAACGUAAUUUAAUAUUCUCUUAUUUUAAUGAAGAUUGUUUAGGACAAAGUUACGAACUGAAAGCGUAUUUUUUUCAAAGUAUUGUAAAUUUGAUGAGAAUUGCGAUGUGAAAAUAAAUACUGUACAAAAUGCAAUUGUUCAUAGAAGGGUGAUAGAGUAAAUUAUUAUUAUUACAUUUACUUGUUAAUAUUUUGUUUAUUUUCAAAAAUUAAAAACAAUUUAUAAUUAAACAUUAUCCAUAUCUUUGGGAAUAGCACAAUGUUCGAUUAAAUUUAGUGCUGGAACGUAUACUUUGAACGAAUGAUCGUUAUUCGAAAAUGAUCCUGGAUUGAUCACAUGACAAUUAGAAUAGACAGUUUCAUAUGCUUCAAAUCUGUCUGCAGUUACAAUAAGAUCCGGAGUAGGAUAUAUUUGUAGUGAAUGAUUAUAUUUCCAAUAUAUUGGUAACAUUGGAAGACUUAAAGGAGUCAAAUGAGAUUGACAGAUAAUUGAUUUAGCGUACUGAAACAUUUAUCAAAAAUAAUUAUUAAAUAAAAUAUAUAAACAAUCUGUAAUAUAAUAAAGCUUACAUGAUCGUAAAUAUUGCCUUGAAAUGGAAAGUGAAGUGUAUUCCUACACAUUUUCGUUAGAAUAUCUCCCCUUAAUACCACAAUUUCUUUCGUACAAUACUGAAUUCUACAUGGAUUAGUAGCAAAUAUUGCUCCAGGUAUAUUAUUUCUAAAAUCUUCAGUAAGGUUGUUUGGAAGUGGUAAUCUUGGCAGAAUUUUUGGUGAUCCAAUAUCAUUUAUGGCAGGUACAAAAAUAAAUUUAGAAUCUUGUUUUAUAUUUGGAUAUUGCAUUAUUAUAUCAGCAAGAUUUUUAAGUCCCUCUAUUAAUUUCUGUCCGCUCGAUGAUUUUGCAGGAAAACUUAAGAAAUGUCCACAUAAUACAAAAGCUAUAGGUGGAUAUUCAGAAUAUCCUUCCAACAUAAUUUUAAAUUUACCAUAUAAAUCUGGUGUUAUAGAUUCCAAAACAAAUUUUUUCUUAGACAAGUCAUAUUUAAUUCUAGGAACAUCAAAUACAUCUAUGACAUUUAAUACUGUUUCUGCAUUCUUUAAUGUAUUGGGUUUUAUACACUCUUGUAUUGCUAGUUGCAAAUUUUCAAUAGUUACUAUAUUAGCGUACAAUAUGUUAGAAAAAAUAGAAAAAAAUCAAUUAUAUAAAAAGUGUGUUAGAAAUGUACACACCUUGAAAUUACAAGUCCGUAUAAUGAAAAGGGAGAUAAUAUAAAACGUUUUUAAUAUAUAAAAAAAACUGGUUUCUUUUUUACACAAACGUAAAUGACAAGUUAACCCAAAAAUGUUCCAAUCCAAUUUUGGUUCAACAUUAAUCUUUGUUUUAUCAUUUAUUGGCAUUCAUAUCGCUUGGUACAAUAUACGAGAUAAAAAUGUACCAAAGGAAGAUCAAGUUCAACAUCCUUUCGUAAAACUGUAUUAUGACUUAACGAAGAAAAGUGAUGAUUAAAUGUAAUAUAGGUAACAUGUAUGUAUGUAAUAUUGCGUAAUAAAACGUGUAUAAAAUAUGCAUAAAAUACACAAAGUUGGUUAUUUUGGUAGAGUAAAAAUAUUUGCUGUAUUUUAUAAUUAACUUCUAAGAAGAAUGAUUUAUUAAUAAAUUGCUAUCUUAUAAGUAUCUCAGACAUAAUAGUAUAUAAUAUUAUUUUGUAUAAAAUUUUAUUUUAAGAUGUACAUACAAUAUACAUACAAUAAAUAUGUAUAUAUAAUAUGGAAAUCAUACUAAUUAAACAAAAUCUCUUCAGAAGUUAUAAAGACAAACGUGCAAAAUAAAAAUAAAAUGUAGUAAGAAUUAUUAAUUUAUCAUGAAAAUCUAUAAAGUUUAAAUAAAUAGUAGGCAGGUGAUCAAAAUCUUGCUGAUGAUGCAUGGAGGAGCUUUUCGGUCGAUUUUCAUUUUGACUAUGUACUGAAGCACCAGCCUUGGGAAGUUGAGGUAAUACCAUUUGACUGUAAUUGCUAUUCUAAAAUACAGUAGAAUAUUUUUAUUACUUUUGUCAUAUGUAUUAUGUUAUCCAAUGACAUAGUUUAAUAUUAUCUGAUAACAAGUAACAAUAAAUUUUUACAUUUGAA